AUGGACGACACUAUAAAGAUAACUAAUGACAAAAGGCAUAGAAGUUCCAGCAGCCUCGUUGGAGGCAUAGAGGCUACUCGUUCCGAGAGGAAAUUGGAUAUUAGAGCUUCAAUACCCGAAGUAGACGAUCAGUUUGCUAAUGCUGAAGCGCGGUGUGAAGAUUUACAAGAGAAAAUAGAUUUAGUGAAAUCACUUCGAAAGAAAAAGAAACUAAAAAAGCGAAGUAUGACCACUAUUGUGGAGCCAGCGUCUGGUGUUGAAAAUGUGCCUUUUAUAUCUGUUCGUGCCCAACCAAAAAAGAUUUUGUUGGUAACAGAGGUGUCACAGCAAGCUGCUCGUCUUCGUCGACUCGAAGUGCCGCAGAGAGCUACAAAACCGAUCCGCGGAUAUCUUGAUCCGGAUAUCAUAGAACAGCAACAAAUGCUUGGCAGAGUACACGGCUUUAAACAGAACUUCAAACCGCCUAUUCAGAAUAAGGUCAAACCAUCCCGACAGAAUCUAGACAACAUUUCGCUGCCAAAAUCCCGACAGAGACGAGCUCGAGCAGACGGAGAUGCCACAAGUGGCCGGAGUGUUCAAAUAGACAUACAAGAACUGCAACAAGAAGUCGCAUGCGGGAACGACGACGAUUCAGACGAUUAUCAGAAUGAAAACACUUAUGACCUACAGAGCGAAAAUUAUUCGGGAGACAAGGAUCGUCACACGGAGUUACAACAGUCGAAGCAGAGUUCUGGAGGCCGGCGUAGGCACGUGCCGAGGGAGAAUAUGGUUCAACAGAUUAACAGUCAACGUGUUAACGAGGCGAGGAACAGAUGGCGUGGUGCUCCCUUGACAACACAGUCACAUCGUCCGAAAAGUAAUUUCAUUCAGGAUAACACAGCUGAAAAUAUGGUAGAAGUGGAAGCAAGGUCGGUGGUAGAAUUGUUUAAUAAGAAUCGCAUGUCGCCGAUACCGUGGCAGCGACCACCCAGCGGGAGUACGAACGGGGAGAAAAAUAAACAAAUGAGAGGCCCAGAACAAGCAGUUUCAGAUGAAGAUGUUAUGGCUACUGGGAAUUUGGGUAGCGUUAAAGCGUUUAAAACCAAGAAAGCAAAGGGCUUUCGUCAUUCGAAGUACCAGAGCCGUAGGUACGAGUUGCCGACGGUGUCUUCGAAGAUGAAGGAGGCUGGCAUGAGAUGUUACUACAGCAAUUCGAACAAAACGAACAUACCCUUCGUGGUCAGCAAGACAACUGCUCCGUCACACAACGUGGGCGUUAAUCUGCAACAGGUCCUCAACGGUCUUAAAGUACAGCAACCAUUGUCUGGGAUACCUCUCACCAUAGCUCACCAUAUGGGUUUACGGCACGAUCCUUCUUACGGUUCUAAGAGUGCUACAAUGGCGACUCUUCGUAACAGUGAGAUAAACGUUAUCAAGUUGGGUGGAAGAUUGUUAAGAUUGCCGUCAUACAAGCAUAUCUCGUACAAUCGAUUGUUGGCGUUCUAUCGUGAGGCUGACGGCAUAGUGUCCCGGUUCCUGAGAGCAAACAGCCGACCGCACUACUUCUACACAUCGAUGUAUAACCUCGCCACGAACCACGAGGAUUUCGACGCUUGCACGUCUAAAGGACGGAUCAGCAACUGGGAGGCCAAGCGGAGUCUGGCGGAAUACGCGGACUUGUAUCGCGAAUACGAAAAGACAGAGAAGAGCCUCAACCAGAAUUACACCAUUGAGACAGAGAGACGGCGCAGCGAAUUGGCGAAGGAACUGGCGGCGCGCGAGGACUAUAUACGAAAGGUUAUGCAGGAUUUCAAGCCAGGUGACGAGAGACCUCUCCGUGCUACUGCGUCCACAGCGGAGGAGGCGUAUAGACACUCGUCUUUCAAAAUCCAUGAUGACGAAUAA